GCAAAACAUACGACUCAAUAUUAUUAUUAGCCUUACAGAGAGGUAACCGUAACUCCACAGAGCAGUCUAUGGAGGCCGCCAUGAAUAUCUCGGAAGCCUACAGAGAGGUAUCUCCAGCAGUCCCUUCAUGGCUAAACAAAGGAGACAACGCAUGGCAAAUGACAGCUUCAGUUCUCGUAGCUAUCCAAAGCAUGCCGGGACUUGUUAUCCUCUACGCCAGUAUUGUCAAGAAAAAAUGGGCUGUAAACUCCGCUUUCAUGGCGCUUUACGCUUUCGCCGCCGUCCUUAUUUGCUGGGUUCUUCUCUGCUUUCGGAUGGCUUUUGGCGAUGAGCUUUUGCCUUUUUGGGGUAAAGGUGCGCCUGCUUUAGGUCAAAAGUAUCUUACAGCUAGAGCUAGAAUUCCUGAAAGUAAACAUGAAAAUGAAAACGGUGUUAUGGAGACUGUCGAGCCUUAUUACCCUAUGGCUACGCUUGUUUACUUUCAAUUCACUUUUGCUGCUAUUACACUUAUUUUGUUAGCUGGGUCUGUUCUUGGUCGCAUGAAUAUUAAAGCUUGGAUGGCUUUUGUGCCUUUGUGGCUUAUAUUUUCAUAUACAGUUGGUGCUUUUAGUCUCUGGGGCGGUGGAUUUCUUUAUCAAUGGGGUGUUAUUGAUUACUCCGGUGGCUAUGUUAUUCACCUCUCUUCAGGAAUUUCAGGCUUAACUGCAGCUUACUGGGUUGGUCCAAGGCUAAAGAGCGAUAGGGAGAGAUUUCCACCGAAUAAUGUAUUGCUGAUGCUCGCCGGAGCAGGAUUGCUGUGGAUGGGGUGGUCAGGAUUCAACGGCGGAGCACCAUAUGCAGCUAAUAUUGAUGCUUCAAUUGCAAUGUUAAAUACCAACAUAAGCGCAGCUACAAGCUUGCUUGUAUGGACAACAAUGGAUGUCUUGUUCUUCGGUAAACCUUCGGUUAUAGGAGCUGUUCAGGGUAUGAUGACAGGACUGGCUUGCAUUACUCCAGGAGCAGGGCUGGUUCAAUCUUGGGCGGCUAUUGUGAUGGGAAUGCUAUCAGGAAGCAUUCCAUGGGUCUCUAUGAUGGUUCUUCACAAAAAGUCUACUCUGCUACAGAAGGUGGAUGAUACGUUAGGUGUGUUUCACACACAUGCAGUGGCUGGGCUAUUGGGUGGGCUCCUGACAGGACUUCUAGCAGAGCCAGAGCUGUGUGAACUUGUGCUGCCAAAGAAAACAAGAGGAGCAUUUUACGGUGGAAAUGGCGGCGUUCAGUUUUUGAAGCAACUUGCUGCUGCCACUUUUAUAAUAGCAUGGAAUGUAGUUUCUACUACUUUGAUUCUCUUAGCUAUAAGGUUAUUAAUACCCUUAAGAAUGCCUGAGGGCCACCUUUUGAUCGGAGAUGAUGCUGUUCAUGGAGAGGAAGCUUAUGCUCUUUGGGGUGAUGGAGAAAAAUAUGACCCCACUAAGCAUGGUAAUAUUAAUAAUAAUAAUAAUAAUAAUAAUAUGUAUUUAUAUGGAGAGGAAAUUACACCAUCUCCUUAUGGUACUGGUGCUAGAGGUAUCACCAUUAAUUUGUGAGAGUGCAGAUGAGGUUUUCAUUUUUCAGAAAAUAUAUUUGUUGUUGUGUAUAUAUAUAGACAGGUCAAUGGAUUAUUCAUGCUUUUUAUA